UCACUAAGGGAUAGAGACUCUGCACCCGGUAAUUAACGCAUGAAAGCUGCAGGCCCUCGGGCUCAAACUAGGAGAAAACACGACGGAACACGCUGGGUGGGAGGUGACUAAAUGCAAAUAGAGUUAGUGGCCCGCAGGGCGAUGAAACCACUCUGUCUCUUGUUCGUGUGGUUUUGCAUCUUAAUGGCACACAUCUUCGCUAACGCCCACCUCCUAGCCUAGGGGGACCUAGAGGGUUGUUAAUAGGAAAGCAACGCUGCCCGCCCCGGGGUCGUCCCUUCCGCGGAGCUUCUCUGCGCGGGGCCCAGCGUGACUGGCACCGUCAUCUUUCUGUCCACUUACUCGUUUGAGGACGUGUUUUCUUAACCCCUUUUACACAAGUCUCACUUCAAAUGGUUAAACGUAGUGGAAUGCUGCCUAUGAACGUGGUAGGGACAGGCAAAUGUCAAUCGAGCUAGAAUAUCAAAUGUGAAAUGGAGUUCAACAGACAUUUAGAAAAAGCCUACAGAACAUUUUAAAAUCUCUGAGUUUAAAUAGAGAAAUGAAGAAACUGACGGGAAAUCCUCUUUCCUAAACCUGCAUGAGACUGAAAAGUCACUUGGCCAAUCCCACGUAGCGCGCGCUUUUUUCAAAAAGAUCAAAGGGAAGCCAGUUUCCGGCGUCAAAAUUUAAAAAUUUUAUUCCGCGAACAAGAUAUUUACAUGAAAUUCUGCGGAGCAAAGACAGGACAUUGUAAAGAAAAUGCGUACAGACCGAGCGACGAGAAAGGGUAGGAAACAGCCUCUGCUGAAGGGUGGGUGGGAGGAAGAAGUUAAUUUCUGAUCCAAACGCCCGGAGGCUCCGGGGAUCAAAAAGCGGACGCGGCUUCCAAUCACGUCACUGCCGGCCUUGAUGGGCAGGCGCCUCCUCCAAUCACAGCGGCACUUGCCUUAUAUAUACCGGUUGCGAGCCCGCGCUGCCAUUCCUUCAGUAGUUCUCUGCUUGUUUGUGUUGGAAAUGGCUCGGACCAAGCAGACGGCGCGCAAGUCGACGGGCGGGAAGGCGCCCCGCAAGCAGCUGGCCACCAAGGCCGCCCGCAAGAGCGCGCCGGCCACGGGCGGCGUGAAGAAGCCGCACCGCUACCGGCCCGGCACCGUGGCCCUGCGCGAGAUCCGCCGCUACCAGAAGUCCACGGAGCUGCUGAUCCGCAAGCUGCCCUUCCAGCGCCUGGUGCGCGAGAUCGCGCAGGACUUCAAGACCGACCUGCGCUUCCAGAGCUCGGCCGUCAUGGCGCUGCAGGAGGCGUGCGAGGCCUACCUGGUGGGGCUGUUCGAGGACACCAACCUGUGCGCCAUCCACGCCAAGCGCGUCACCAUCAUGCCCAAGGACAUCCAGCUCGCGCGCCGCAUCCGCGGCGAGAGGGCGUGUCCGCAGCAGAAGUAUAUAAGCACAGCCCGCGAGGGCGCUGGGGUUGCAUUCUUUCCAACUGCAAGCAUGUCCGGUCGCGGCAAAGGCGGGAAGGGCCUGGGCAAGGGCGGCGCCAAGCGCCACCGCAAGGUGCUGCGCGACAACAUCCAGGGCAUCACCAAGCCCGCCAUCCGGCGCCUGGCGCGGCGCGGCGGCGUCAAGCGCAUCUCCGGGCUCAUCUACGAGGAGACGCGCGGGGUGCUCAAGGUCUUCCUGGAGAACGUGAUCCGCGACGCCGUCACCUACACGGAGCACGCCAAGCGCAAGACGGUCACGGCCAUGGACGUGGUCUACGCGCUCAAGCGCCAGGGCCGCACCCUCUACGGCUUCGGCGGCGUCGGGCUGUGUCCUCACUCCUCCCCAAACGCGAGCCUCCGGUCCGGGCCCCUCCCUGAGCCGCCAGGCGGCCGGCUCUCCUUCACGGGUGAGAUCCUCAGCAUGGCUCGCACCAAGCAGACGGCGCGCAAGUCGACGGGCGGGAAGGCGCCCCGCAAGCAGCUGGCCACCAAGGCCGCCCGCAAGAGCGCGCCGGCCACGGGCGGCGUGAAGAAGCCGCACCGCUACCGGCCCGGCACCGUGGCCCUGCGCGAGAUCCGCCGCUACCAGAAGUCCACGGAGCUGCUGAUCCGCAAGCUGCCCUUCCAGCGCCUGGUGCGCGAGAUCGCGCAGGACUUCAAGACCGACCUGCGCUUCCAGAGCUCGGCCGUCAUGGCGCUGCAGGAGGCGUGCGAGGCCUACCUGGUGGGGCUGUUCGAGGACACCAACCUGUGCGCCAUCCACGCCAAGCGCGUCACCAUCAUGCCCAAGGACAUCCAGCUCGCGCGCCGCAUCCGCGGCGAGAGGGCGUGAGCUCCGUCCCACCCACUUGCACCGGAACCCAAAGGCUCUUUUCAGAGCCCCUCAACUCUCAUCAGUGAAGAGCUGUGGCGCCUAGAGACUGCCUGGCAGCUUGUGGAAAAGUUCACUGUGGGGAGGGUUUCUGAGCGCAUUUCCCGUGUG